GAAGGAAACGCAUCCACGAACAAAGCUCACAUAAUUGUAUUUUGAGUCCAAGUAUACUGGCACUGAAAGCUCGAAAUGCGAAAACACCAUAUUCUGAUUGAAGAAGGUCUCCCUCUCCCCCUACCAUCUCUGCGUCUGUUGGUUCCUCCACUGCGGCUGGUGUCUGCAGCUCUAUGGCAAGUUGUUCAGCAGAGAGACAUAAUGGACUACGGGUUGGUGGAGGAGUUUGUCACCACUGUGUUGGAAAUAGUUCCUGAUAUGAUGAGUUACAGGGAGAGAGUCCAACUCAUCAUGGGGCUCCGAGCACAGCUGGUUCUGGAGUUGUGUCGCUCUGAUCACCUAGCCAACCCUGAGACCAUUCAGCCACACCUGAACAGGAUGAACACCUGUAUCAUCACUCAUAGUGACAAGGAGAUUUCAGAUCCUGAGAUGGAGGCAUCAGAAUUAACUUUCCGGAAGCUGAUUCAAACUCUGCUGGAAGACCCAGUUGAGAAAGAACACUUCUUUCAGAAUAUUUUUCCAGAGGAAUUUGGCCCCAAGUAUGACUCCACACUGCAGACUCUGGUGUGGGAGUUCCUCUCCAGGCUGGAGAAGCUGCUUCCAGCACCAACCCUUCAACAGACUGCAUCUUGGUUCCUACCUGAUCCCUCUGUCUUGGAGGAGUGUGUGCAGUGUGUAUCCCACCCUCAGCCUUUGAAGACCCUUCUCCAGCACCACAACAACACAUGUGGACAUGUAGACACCAAUGCUCUGUCUUCCGGUGACAAUCAGAUCCUCGCGUCAAUGUCUCUCACUUCCUUAGUGAUAGAUGAAGCCGUCACUGACCAAGCUGACCCAGAGGUCCAAUCGGAACCUGAGCAGGAAUGUAUGAGUCCUGUCUCAUCUGACAAUGAGCCAAAGAUGGCCUCUUUGUUGGAACACAUGGAGAGUGAACUGUUGCAUUUUAAUAAAGAGGUGAAGCCUGCUUUUUUGGAGGUAGCAUGUAGACACAAGAAAACAACAGCGAAAAACAAUACAUCUUUUCACCACCUUCACACUGACAGUGGGCUGAAAAUCCAAGGAAAAGCCCACAGCAGCCAACAUGAAGUGCAGGACAUUUCUAGUUUAUCUACUUCCUGUCGGCUCCGUCAGCCCAAAGUGCUGCUACACAGACUUGACAUUACUGAUAUGAAGAGACCUCUGACACAGGUAGCAGCAACACCGAGGAGAGAGAGGCUUCAGAUUGGCAAAGUGGGAUCCCAAGGACAGAGAAGAGGACAGGUCAUAUCACGAAAGAGUGAGAGGAAUAUCAAUGAAGAGUCCUCUGAUGGUCAACCUCAGUAUUCUCUGGUCCCUGACCCAUCCCCUACCUCAGAGCAGCCUAAAAGAAGCAAGCGUGUCAAAAUAUGCUCCUUGUGUAGAAAGACUUUCAGCGAAGCAAAGGAUUUGACGGCACACAUGAGAUCUCACAAUGAGCAGAGCCCUUACAAGUGCACCCAGUGUGGACAAGACUUUGAACACCAUGAGGACUUACAGAAACAUCAGCAGAAUGUGUGUGAGGAGGCAGCUCAACCAGAAGAGGACAACAUGUCUACGACAUCUUUUAAGGAGGAUGACAUGUCUAUGACAUCUGUGGAGGAUGAUUGGACAGAGAUAUCCCACCCCCAUGACACUUUACCUCGGAACAAAAGAGGUCCCUAUGUUCAUCACACACCAAAAGCUUUCCAGCCUUCCAAAGCCAGACAAAUAUGCCAUGUGUGUCACAAGACUCUUUGUAAUGUAUUUAUGCUGAGAAGGCACCUGAAAUCCGUUCAUGGUCUGCGCCCCUACAAGUGCUACAACUGUGAGGCAAGUUUUGGGAAUAAUCCUAGUUUGAAGAAACAUGUUAAAGAGUGCUUGAAGACGAAGAAACGCCACCCUUGCUCUCUGUGCGGUGUGACCUUUGAGCGUUCAGAGGGGAACCAACAGCAGUUCAUAGCUGCAGUAAAAAAUGGUACAGUGAUACCCCAGACCUCCAGUUCUACACCACAGAAUGCAACAGCCUUCAGUGCUCUGCCUGUUCUGAUACAGUCCUCCAGUAAUUACAGAACAUGUCUUCUGUGUAAUGAAACUUUCGAUACUGCAGCGAACUUGAGAAUACACCUAAAAUGUCAACAUGUUGUACAUCCUUACCCAUGCAUCAAUUGUGGGGAAAGUUUCCCAAGCAUAUCGGAUCUGCGGAUACACAAGUGUUCAGGUCAAAACAUUCCAGACUCCAGAAAGUGUCCGGGGUGCAGGAAUAGGACCUCUCAAUCCACACCGCAGCACUUAAAGAUAAGUCAGGAAGUGAACCUUAGACACCAGACAGAAAGGCCACUAGUUGCAGCAGAAAACGAGAUGGCGAUCCCGCAGUCCUGCAACACAGAUGUUUACUACUCAAAUGACUUGCAGCAAUGCCAGCCAAAGGAGUGUGAGAUUAACGUUCAGAGAGGACAGCAAGACUGGAGUGAGGCAGUUGAUCCAAACCAGCAUCCAGAGGAGGUUGAUCCAAACCAGCAUCCAGAGGAGGUUGAUCCAAACCAGCAUCCAGAGGAGGUUGAUCCAGCGGACAGAAGCAGUUCUCUGGUUCCAAUGGAGGAUGGGACAGAGAUUCCCCAGAGCCAAAGCACGUCAUCCGAGAACCCAACAACUUCCAAAGCUCCUCCCACUGGCGUGAUUUUAAAUUCUAGAACAUGUCUGGUGUGCUAUAAGACAUUCUUUAACAGAGCAAGCUUGCUUCAACAUCGGAGACGUCACUCACAGGGUCAGGGACCCCACACAUGCGCCAUAUGUUCAAGGAGCUUUGGUCGAGCUUUCGACUUGACGAGACAUCAGGCCAGGAAAACAGGUUGUGGGUCAAUGCACCGUAAUCUGGUUGUACAUGAGAAUGCUCCUACAGUAGUGAAACCGGUCUUCUCUUGCCCCCGUUGUCAGGAAUGGUUCACGAGCGAAAAUAAACUGGAAACACACAUGCUAUGUCACACAGGGGAAGGGUUCACAUGUAGGUUUUGCGGCAAGAUGUUUGCUAAACAAUAUAAAUUAUACAUCCAUGUUCGUUCGCAUAUUGACAGACCUCAUCUAUGUGAUGCAUGUGGUAAGGAUUUCAGAACUAAGUAUGCAUUGAAAGUGCACACGCGUGUACACACAGGAGAACGACCAUUCUCUUGCCCAGAUUGUGGCAAAAGAUGUUCUUCGAAGGGUAAUCUGAAGGCCCAUCAACAGAGUCAUACAGGAGAACGUCCAUUUGCGUGCCCUCUCUGUAAAGUACGCUGUCGCAUAAAGUCGCAACUAAAAGUACACAUUUUAACUCACACAGGGGAGAGGCCUCAUAAGUGUUUGGCUUGUGGGAAGACUUUUCAACUGAAACUUUUGUUGAGAAAACAUCAGUUAGCUUCGUGUUCUUAGUUGUCUUUGACUCCCAGGAUGUACAUGUUUUUUUGUAUACUUUGUUUUUAUUGUAGGAUCACAAAGAAAGUACAAAUAAAGUAAAAUAAAAGAACAAAAAAGAUCUGGCAGUUACAGUGCACUUCAUAUCUUCAUCAUCAUAUUAGUUACAUUAGCAUCUUUGAAUUAGACCUUCUCCAAGUAUGAAACCCAUUUCUCCCAGUAUUCCUGACCUCUCCUGUUGAGUUCUUAAAGCAAAGGGCAUACGCUCCAUGUGGUGUAUUUCUUCUACAAUGUCUAUCCAUUGUGUCACUGUGGGAGGGUCUUUUUGUAGCCAUUUCCUAGUGAUAGCCUUUUUACUGGCUGCCAGUAGGAGCUUCAAGAGGUACUUUUCUCUAUUGUGUAAGUUAUCUGGUA